AUGUCUGUUCAACCAUCGAACUCGGGCAUGGGCGGCGGCAAUGACCCACCGGAGAAGCCACCAAAGAAGCCAUCAAAGUCGCCACCAAAGAAGGCAUAUGUCAAGCGAGCCGGGUUUCCAUCUGUGGCACCUCGCUACUGCCCAUGUCUCCCAACAUGCUCGAAUCAGAGAGGAAUCAACCCCCAGCCGGAAACUCUCGGCGCUCUAUUUAAUAGAUACAAUAAGAAUCGACGCGACUGGGAGGGCCGUAAGAAUUUACGACUAUCGACAUAUGGGGUUCCCCCGGGCCUCAAUCGGAGAAGAAGAUACCUUCCACCCAUGACCUGGAUCGAGUAUGACGAGCAUAAUCGCCGCCAGUUCAACCUCGACCGAAAUAAUCCCCGCAACAUCACCCAUGAAGAGCUUGAACUUGCAGUGGCAAAUUCCCCUGGUUCUAUCUUUGAUGCCGGUAGCCAGCCCGCUGCUAGCCAUACUACUGCUACAAACGCUGGUCCCUCGAGUACUACUCUGGCGCAAUUUGAUACCCCGGCGCAAGUGGCUACUACAGCACAAAUGGCUACCGCUGCACAAAUUGCUACUGCGAGCCAAAAUGCUUCGUCGGCUACUCUUACAUAUGAAUACCCGGACCCUACCCACAAUGCCUAUGAUGGUCUUCCGUAUGGAGCUCCAGGUCAUCCAAAUGGUCUAGGUGAUGCUCCCAGUAGUGGUUUGAACGACGGUGUUGAUCCAGAAGCUGCUGCAGUAGCUGAAGAACAAGACCUUGGCAAUCCCUUUAAAGUUGACCCCGACCUUGAGCGCCAGGGUAACCACUAG